CCUCCCUCCCGAGGUGGUUCCGCCGAGUGGCGCAGCCCGGCGCGGGGCCCGUGGUCUGUGCACGCGGUCAGCGCGGCGCCGCAGGAUGGCUCCUCGCGGGAGGAAGCGCAAGGCCCAGCAGCCGGCGGCGGCCGAGGCACCGGAGCAGGCGGAUGCCCCGCGGAAGCGAGGGCGCGGCCAUGGCGAGGGCAGCCCCGGGGGCACCGGUCCCCGCGUCGUCAUCGAGCACUGCAAGAGCUGACGUGUGUUCGGGCGCAACGCGGCGGCAGUGAGCGCGGCUCUGCGCGGGGCCGUGGCACACCUCGCCGUAGACAUCAACCCCCGGCAGCCGCGGAGAAACAGCUUCGAGGUGUCCCUGGUGAAGGAGGACGGCAGCACCGUGGAGCUGUGGAGUGGCAUUGGGAAGGGGCCUCCCCGCAAGCUCAAGUUCCCCCAGCCAGAGGAUGUGGUGGAAGCCCUGAAAAGCAGCUUAGCUUAGAGAUGGCAGCUGGCCAAGCUGGGAUCGGCACCCACGGCGGAGCAUCCAUGAAGAGGCGAGACCAAGUGGGGGGCAACUGCCAGCCCCAGUCCUGUCUCCGAUGCUGCAGCUCUGCCGUGAGCAGCCACCACUGGACUCCCCCAGCUCUCCCCGCAUCCCCCUGCCUACCCCCUUUUCUCCCCUGCAUCCCUCUUUUCCCCCUGUAUCCCACUUUACCUUCCUGUAUCCCUCUUUUCCCCUUCUCAUUCCCCAGUAAAGCCCCCCAGCUGCUCUGCAA